GCGACCGCUAUCGUUUGGCAAAUCUCAUUCAGUUUUGUCCUUCUCAAUUUCAAACAGUUCUCGUUUAAAGUAAACAUUGAAAUGUCGAAUUGUAGUUCCGCAAAAGAUAAUUCAAAAAUAUUCGAUUUAUUAAAUGAGGCAUCAAAACAACUCAAUAUAACGAAUCCUAAAUUCGACGUAUCAUCUACAAAUAAAAAAGGCGACGGUUAUAUGAGCGUGAUUUACAAUGCAACGAUUACAAGCACAAAUGAAGAUGAAAGAAAUGAAAAAAAUAAAAAAGUUAGUGUCAUUGUAAAACUUUCCCCGGAAAAUAAGAGUUUUCGCGAACAAGCGUUCACAAAAGAAUUAUUUGAGAACGAAAUUAUGUUUUAUCACGAAAUUUUAACGUCGUUCCAUGAAUUCCAAAAAUCUAAAAGUAUUGAAAAACCGUUUAUAUUCGCCCCAAAGUGUUACGCUUCGACGAUGAUGAACGAAAGGGAAGGUUUGGUUUUGGAAAAUUUAAAAGUAAAAGGAUUUCAACUUUGGAAUAGAAUGAUACCCAUGGACCGAAAUCAUCUUGAAAUCACCUUAAAAGGUUACGCUAAAUUCCACGCGUUGAGUAUCGCGUUUAAAGAUCAGCAUAAAGAGAAAUUCCUCGAAUACAAAACUAGAAUGCACGAUGUGUUUGAAUUAUAUGACAGAAACUCUGUGAGUAAAGAGUCUUUUCAAAAAAUGGCAGAAGGCGUUACCAGUUAUUUUGAUCCAAUUAAAGAUAAAAAGUAUCUUGAGAAAUUUGUUAAUUAUUUACAAUCGAUGAAAGAUACUAGCGGCUUGUUUUAUAGCAAAAAUAUGGACGAAUAUGGAGUUGUAAUACACGGGGAUGGUUGGUGUAAUAACAUGAUGUAUAAAUACGAGGAUUCAACAAAUAAUUCAAAACCCUUAGAUAUUUGCUUUUUGGAUUUCCAAAUAAUCAACUACAACACACCCAUACACGAUUUCACCCAUUUCUUUUACACAUCAAGUUCAAAAGAAGAUCAAGAUAAUCUAGAACAUUACAUAAACAUGUAUUAUGAAACAUUAUCGGAUUUUAUCAAAAAACUUGGAAGUGAUCCUGAAAAAACUUAUCCAAAAUCGGUAUUCAACGCUCAUUGGAAGAAAUAUUGUAGUAAUGGAAUAAACGUUGCUAUGUUCAUGAUUAAAAUGAUGACCAGCGAAUCUGAUGAGGUUCCUGAUUUCGCAAAAACGAGCGAAAAGGAGAGUAUAUUGGAUGCUUUAUCGUAUGAACCAAAAAAUACUGAUUAUAAAAAACGGGUUCGAGAUAUUAUUGUGCAUUUUUGUGAUAGAGGAUUUAUAUAAUUUUGUUAUUAUUUAAUUGUCUAAUAUUAGGUAAAAAAUUUAUAAAUAGAUAAUUGUUAAAA